AUGCUACCUCAAUUGGUGUCGAAUUGGGAAUGGGGAGCGAGAUGGGUUGAUGAUCGGCAAGCUGUUGCAACCGUUGCAUUGACACUUCCCAAGGUGGCUCUGAAAUCAAUCGGUGAUGCAGCGUCAAAGACCAGCCUUCCGCCUUGCUUUGAAGGGAAUAUACCUGACAUUUUUAGACAUUCAAAGAAUGCGCGGGCAGUUGAUUGGUUGGAUGUUUUACUAUACUUGAUACCUACAAUCAUAUACGAGCGAAUGGAUAUCCAUGGUACCCCACAAGAGGCCAAGGAUGCUAUUUUGUGUGUUGUGACUAUCGCUUCGUUGGCCUUACAGCAAUGCUUGGAUUCAGAUGAUAUCGACCGUAUGAAAAGGUGCGCCAUCACAUGGCACCAAUAUGCAUCCCGGUCCCUCCAGAACCGCUACACACCAGUCUUCCAUUACUUGCAGCAUGUAGGUCGUGCCGUUGAGAUGUUGGGACCCAUGAGAAGAUACAGCACGAGAGCCAUUGAGAGAAUUAUUGGAUUUUAUAAGCAAAGGAUCAAGUCCAAGUCGGCAACAGCUAUCAAUGCUUCAAAUCAACUUUGUACAACUGCAGCUCAUCACCACUACAUGCAUGCUGGGGACGUAGCUCAGGAGGAUGAGAAUGAUGGGAAUCUUGGAUCAUACACUAUUACUACUACUGAGGCGGAUAUGGGUACCAACGACGUCGUCAAUGCACAAGGAACGGCCGAUAGUCAUCGUUUAUGGUGCGUUGUACGGGAUGAAUCAUUGAAAGUUGGACAAUUCGAUGCAUGGGAUUUGGAUCGCUAUUUACGGCAAUAUUGGAAACGACAUUUGAAAGCAUAUCCCCAUCUGGCUCGUAAGAAACCGGUGGCAUUUGUCAAAUUGAGCAUACCCGUUGACGUUAACCGAGCUGACCCAGGAGCUUCAUAUGAUCUUGUUUGGGAGACUUAUUUUGGCAUAUGUAUUCUAUUCUUCGCCUACACAUACCAAGGACAAGAGAGAAUGCUUGCGCUUGUGGAUAUAUACAGAGAAGUGGACAUGAAUGGUGCUGGUAUUCCAGUGGGAACUCAAGGCUAUGACAGCGACGGGACUCUAUGCAAGCGCUAUGUUGUUGACGUUGAGCACAUCGACUGCCCUGCAGGCUACAUUCACUCUACCAUACCAACACGGAGCGGAGCUAAGCGCUUUUAUUAUGUCUAUCAAGGAAUGAUACCAAAUGAUAUCCGCUUAGGAGACCCAACCCAUAUUUGA